ACCCAUUGACUUAAGCGAGGAGAUCCACACGGGCUGGCCGACUGAUAGUACGACCAGAGCUGAGGGUGAGACAGCCAGCUGGAGAUCGUUUUUUGUUAUAGACUUCGCAUGGUUAACAAACGUGAUAUAGCUCUGGAAAUUUUUAUCCCAGACCGAAUCAGUUAUAUCAGUGCUUUUCAACCUCUUGCAGACCAAACGAAAGAUAUAGAGAUAAAAAUCAUUUUCAAGACCGCAAUUCCUUAAACUACGCCACCGAAUAAACUGGAUUCAUUUUAUUCAGUUUUGGCAGCAUCGUGGCUUUUCCCAAAGUGGCAUGUUCGAGGACUAAAAGAGACCGACUUGAACUCCUACUUUUAACACAAAGAGGAUUCAAUGAAAAUGUCCAUCUGUGUCCAUGAGAAUCGCAAGUCUCGGGCCAGCACGGGCUCCAUGAACAUCUACCUGUUCCACAAGUCAUCCUACGCCGACAGCGUGCUGAUGCACCUGAACGCUCUGCGGCAACAGAGGCUCUUCACCGACGUUCUGCUGCACGCCGGCAACCGCUCCUUCCCCUGCCACCGGGCCGUGCUGGCCGCCUGCAGCCGCUACUUCGAGGCUAUGUUCAGCGGCGGCCUGCUGGAGAGCCAAGCCAGUGAGGUCAACUUCCACGACUCCAUUCACCCCGAGGUGCUGGAGCUGCUGCUGGACUACGCCUACUCCUCCCGUGUCAUCAUCAAUGAGGAGAACGCCGAGUCACUGCUGGAGGCCGGAGACAUGCUGGAGUUCCAGGACAUCCGGGACGCAUGCGCCGAGUUUCUGGAGAAGAAUCUGCACCCCACCAACUGCCUGGGCAUGCUGCUGCUGUCAGAUGCCCACCAGUGCGCCAAGCUGUCGGAGCUCUCCUGGGGCAUGUGUCUGAACAACUUCCCCACCAUCUGCAAGACAGAGGACUUCCUGCAGCUGCCCAAAGACAUCCUGGUCCAGCUGCUUUCCCACGAGGAGCUGGAGACGGAGGACGAGAGGCUGGUGUACGAAUCGGCCCUCAACUGGGUCAACUACGACCUGGAAAGGAGGUACUGCGACCUCCCCGAGCUGCUGCGCACUGUGCGCCUGGCCCUCCUGCCCGCCAUCUUCCUCAUGGAGAACGUCUCCACCGAGGAGCUCAUCAACAAGCAGGCCAAGAGCAAAGAGCUGGUGGAUGAGGCCAUCCGGUGCAAGCUGAAGAUCCUGCAGAACGAUGGUGUGGUGACCAGCUUGUGUGCCCGGCCCAGGAAGACCAGCCACGCCCUCUUCCUGUUGGGCGGCCAGACCUUCAUGUGCGACAAGCUGUACCUGGUGGACCAGAAGGCCAAAGAGAUCAUCCCCAAGGCCGACAUCCCCAGCCCUCGCAAGGAGUUCAGCGCCUGCGCCAUCGGCUGCAAGGUCUACGUCACGGGGGGGCGAGGCUCCGAGAACGGGGUGUCCAAAGACGUGUGGGUCUAUGACACGCUGCACGAGGAGUGGUCCAAGGCCGCGCCAAUGCUUAUCGCCAGGUUUGGACACGGCUCAGCGGAGCUCAAGCACUGCCUCUACGUGGUGGGCGGGCACACGGCCGCCACCGGCUGCCUCCCGGCCUCCCCGUCAGUGUCGCUCAAGCAGGUGGAGCAGUACGACCCGGCCACUAACAAGUGGACCAUGGUGGCUACGCUCAGGGAAGGGGUGAGCAACGCGGCGGUGGUCAGCGUCAAACUCAAGCUCUUCGCCUUCGGUGGCACCAGCGUGAGUCACGACAAGCUGCCCAAAGUGCAGUGCUACGACCCGCUGGAAAACUGCUGGACUGUGCCAGCCACGUGCCCGCAGCCCUGGCGCUACACUGCUGCUGCCGUCCUUGGCAACCAGAUCUUUGUCAUGGGAGGAGACACUGAAUUCUCUGCAUGCUCCGCUUACAAGUUCAACAGCGAGAACUACCAGUGGACUAAAGUGGGCGACGUCACAGCCAAGCGCAUGAGCUGUCAGGCGGUGGCCUCUGGCAAUAAACUCUAUGUAGUUGGUGGCUACUUUGGUACCCAGCGGUGCAAAACUCUUGACUGCUAUGACCCCACACUGGACACCUGGAAUAGUAUUACCACUGUGCCAUACUCGCUUAUCCCCACUGCCUUCGUUAGCACGUGGAAACAUCUUCCGGCGUAAGCUCCUCUAAGAUUGUCCUGUUGUUGCAAUGCAUCUGCUGGAUUUCAACUGUGAACACGCAUACAUUUAAAGUCCCUGUGCAGUCAAGAAAACACAAAUACAAAAAAAUAAAAUGCUGUCAAGAAAACCUAUUUUCUAUAAUAGGUAUACAGACGAAGGUGCAAAAACAAAGGUAGUUGUAUUGUUAGCAUUACAUGUAACAUACAAAUUAUAUGAAAGUGAGGUUUCGAGUCCAUUCCUGCUCAAACAACUGAACACUCAUUUGAGAAGGAUAUCACUGCAUGCCUUUUAUUGUUUUCACCCACAUCAAAACCUAUUUGUACCAGAGCACCUAGCUGAACAUGCCUUGCAUUCUGCCCAUUAAUUAGCCGCAAGACCGAUGUUAAUGACAAAUGCCACCGGGAUUACGUGGCACAUUUGAAGCCUGUGUCUUCAGACUAAUUGCACGGUGUCUGCACAGACAAAUGUGCCACGCCUCGCACUGCGCCGUCCUCUCUCAGAGCUUUGAGUGGCUGCACAGGGACUUUAGCAUUUAGCAUGAAGGAUGGACGAUUGAAGUCACGGGUGGACGGGUAUGAGGCCAAAGGGAGCCGCCGGAGGACGGCGCUCUACGGCGGAGCGUGAAACGGACGCGCCGGAGCACCGCCCCCUUCCCUUCCACGCUUCGCUCGUCUCUGCGGCUCAUCUUUGGGCGCGUAAGCGUUACCCCGAUCGCAGGCGAGCCAAACCACGUCUGAGCGACGGCUGUUGAUUGAGGACACUUGUCACCCUUUAUUCGCCCAGCAAGGAAAGGAUUUGGGACUUUGGGAGAGGUGGUUUUCUCUUGAAGGACUGAGGGUAUUCGUGAGCAGGCCUUCUUUGAGUUUGAGUGGAACCUGCCGGCGUGGUGUGAAGUUGAGAAUGGCCGGGGUGCCAGCAGCAGCUGUGUUGGGGAAGAGCGGGGUCGUGUCAUGACAGGUUUGCCUGAGUGAAGCUACAGCUGAAGCCCCUUGAGAGAACCCUUUCUGUGGCCUGGGGGGAAGCACAUAUAUGGUCAUAGCAGGGAGACUCUGGAGGUGGGAAACGCUGGGAGGCAUUGAGAAGGACCUUUUUCCAAACCAACACUUUAAAAAAAAAAAAGGAACUUGUGAAAUGUUUUUUUUUUUUAUUAAUGCAGAAAUGGAAUGCUUGUCUUAAGACCUGGCUUUAAUGUAUGUUCUAGCUUUUAUUUAUAAGAAGAAUCUGUGUCUUUUCACUUUCUUUUAUUUUAUGAACACGUUUACUUUUCGGGAUGAAACGUUAUUUAUUGUUUCACGGCUUGUAUUCUUAUCGAAGUCCAUGCUUUGUUUUGUACCACGCAUGGCUCACUGUGGCCCGUUCUGACUGGGCUGUUGUUUUGCACAUUUUGAGUUUCUCUGAAGUGGAAACCCUUUUUGGGGGGAAGAGGGAUACGAAGCUAAUUGCUGCCUUUCCCCCUCUCUUGCAUGGCAUGUGAUUGCAGUGACGGGUCAGUUAAACGUGGGGGCGUCUCAGGAGUGAUCCAACUGGAAUUUCUCUAUGCGGUCAGAUAACCCAGAGCGUAAGUGGCAGGUUCUCGAGUGGGAGUUAAUGAGAAAUUGACUGGAUCUAAAUUAAUUCUAGGUUGGGGUCUGGCCUCCCAGGAUAAGUGCUUACCUCAACAUCAUGUCAUAAUAUUAUCAUAAUAUCACCAUCUGUGCCAAAAUAUUCAGACCCAAACUCCCUGGUGUCCAGCUGAGGUAGAUACAAAGCAAAAACAAAAUGUGGAAUUAGGGUAUGUCUGAUUUAAAAAAAUGGCCAGUAAUUUUCUUAUGGCUGGAUCCAGAGAUGAUGCAUGCCAACUGUGGAAGAAGGCCGCAUCCGUUUGUAACACAAGGAAUGUAACGAAACAGAUGUCUUAGGAAACAGCUGUGAUGUGUUAUGGCUGUGUAUGUCUGAGUGUCACUGCAGUUUAAAAUGAGUCAUAUGACCUAUGGUCGCUUGCGUGACAGUGAAUACGGUUCUUCCCCUGUUUAAUCCAACUACAAUUUAUAACUUAGGGUGGAUGUACCAUUAAUUGUCAGCACAGAUUGUCAUUGAUUUACAGAACGGUCCAUGAUUAAAGGAAGAAAGGAAACAUUUGGGUUUUUAAAUAUAGCCUACUACAUAUUAUCAGUUUUGCAGCAGUUUUGUCAGCCUUGGCACAAAUUGUGAUAUUUACGAAUGAGCAAAAAAAUGGAAAUAUUCAGCAACCCAGAAAGCCUCAGUUGAGGCUGAAAUGUUCAAGCCUAGUGUAAUUAUGAAAUUUAAUAAACGGUCCAAAUGAUAGCAGUAAAUUGUUUAGCAGUGAUUCUCAUUUGGCUUUUGCGAUCAUUAAUGUAACAUGUCUUAUAAGUUUGUCUAGUUCAUGGUGAAAGUGAGAUUCAUCACCCAGUUGUAAUACAAGUGGCAAUUUUUGAAGGGCUUCAGGAAUUAUUUGCGGUGACUUUGCUUUGCAGUAUGUAGAUUUGCCCCCACCCCUCUUAAAUGGGAGCGUAGCUUACUCCAUCAGGGAAGCCUGUGCUGUGGAAUUGAUUGGGAAAUUCUGUCUCUGGCAUUCCACAUGUGCGCAGUCCCCUAGCUCUGACCCCAAAACCAUUCACAGCACACUGCACUUCAAAUCCUCCUCACCAGAUAAGAGGCUUCUUCCCAUUUAGGCCCAUGGUUACCGUAGAAACAGUCAACAAUGAGCGCCCCCCCCCCCUUUUUUUUUUUUUGCAUAAUUUUUGGGGGUCAGACACCUGCUUGUUUAAGACCAAUUUGAGAUGCUCUUUCUCUGGCUGAAGUUCUGUAUAUGUGCACAACAAUAUGUAAAAUUCACAAAAAUGGUGAUUUAACAGUUCAAUGUCAGUUUUACUUUUGCUCUGAUUUUUUUUGGACUACUGCAGUUUGACAUUACUUUGUACAAGUGAUUUUUUUUCACAAUGUGAAAUUCAUGGCUAAUAAAGAUCAAAGAGUUUUUCUCUUUACUGUAAA